ACUCGACUCCUCGUCAGCGCGGUCUCCCAUCCUGACCCGCCUCUCUCACUCUCCCCAGCUGCUGCUCCACCAUGCGCAGCCUCCGGGGGAUCCUCGCCGUCUCCGGCCACCUCACCGGCCGCCGCGCCACGGCGGGAACCGCCUGCGCCUCCGCCCAUCUGGCUCUCUUCUCCCGCGCCCUCCAAAUCCUCGCCCAGCCGGAGCCCGUGCGCCUCCAGAAGCUCUCGGCGCCCGACUCCGGGAUCGUGGAGAUGAGCCUGAAGCGGCCGGAGGCCAGGAACGCUAUUGGGAAGGAGAUGCUCCAGGGGCUGCGGAGCGCGAUCGAGAAGGUGGAGGCCGACGCGACGGCGAACGUCGUGCUGCUAGCGAGCUCCGUCCCGAAGGUUUUCUGCGCGGGCGCUGACCUCAAGGAAAGGAGGUUAAUGAGCCCUAGCGAAGUCCGCGAAUUUGUCAAUUCCCUAAGAGCUACGUUCCUAUCCUUUGAGGCAUUGUCAAUUCCUACAAUUGCCAUCAUUGAAGGAGCUGCCUUUGGUGGUGGGCUAGAAUUGGCUCUUUCUUGUGAUCUCCGUAUAUGUGGGGAAAAUGCAACAUUUAGCUUGCCGGAAACUGGCCUUGCUAUUAUUCCUGGAGCUGGGGGAACACAGCGUCUUCCUAGGAUUGUUGGAAAGUCCAGAGCAAAGGAAUUAAUAUUCACUGGUCGUAGAUUCAAUGCUGUAGAAGCUGUAACUAUGGGGGUAGUAAAUUACUCUGUGCCCCCUGGGGAGGCUUAUAGAAAAGCUCUUGAACUUGCCCAAGAGAUAAAUCAGAAAGGUCCGUUAGCAAUAAGAAUGGCUAAGAAGGCUAUCAAUCAAGGUAUGGAGGUAGAUCUGUCUAGCGGAUUGGCUGUCGAAGAAGAAUGCUACGAGCAAGUUCUGCACACUCAAGAUCGUCUUGAAGGUCUAGCUGCAUUUGCUGAGAAACGGAAACCUGUAUACACAGGGAAAUAAGGCUGUAGUCUUGUAGAUGGUGUUAAAAUUGCAAUUUGUUUUCAGCUAAGCUUCACGCAUCCAGCUGCAGCUAAGCUUCUACUAUGUUCAUAUCUUUCUCCAUACAUGUAUCAAGAACAAGAUGUAUCUGCCAAUGCAUGCUACAUUUUACCAAGUUAAUGGGGGCUACACAUGUUCUCACUGUC